AUGCGGGUAGUGCGGUGUGUGCGGCGGUUUUCUGCGAGCAGAGCCGUGUCAGGCCAGAAUACCACAGAGAAGAUCGUGCAAGCGCACGCGGUCGGCCUGCGGCCCGGCCACCGGGUGGCGUCGGGCGACUACGUUUCGAUCCGGCCGGCGCAUUGCAUGUCCCACGACAACUCAUGGCCGGUAGCCUUGAAGUUCAUGGGCCUCGGCGCCACGCGCGUGCACGACGCGCGCCAGGUGGUAUGCACGCUCGACCACGACGUGCAGAACCGCUCGGAAAAGAACCUCGCCAAAUACCGCAAUAUAGAGCUGUUUGCCGCGCAGCAAGGCGUGGACUUUUACCCAGCCCGCAGGGGCAUUGGGCACCAGAUCAUGGUCGAGGAGGGCUACGCCUUCCCACUGGGUCUGACUGUCGCGUCGGACUCCCACUCUAAUACGUACGGAGGCGUCGGCGCCCUAGGCACCCCCGUAGUGCGCACAGAUGCGGCGGCUAUCUGGGCCACGGGACAGACGUGGUGGCAGGUUCCGCCGGUGGCACGGGUGGAGCUGACAGGCGAGCUUCCUGCGGGUGUUUCUGGGAAGGACGCAAUCGUGGCGCUGUGCGGGGUGUUUGGGCGGGACGAGGUGCUAAACCAUGCCGUAGAGUUCGCGGGGCCAGGAGUGGCGCGGCUGACGGUCGAGCAGCGGCUGACAGUGGCCAACAUGACGACGGAAUGGGGCGCGCUGUCCGGGUUGUUCCCGGUUGACGGGGUGCUCCUGGACUGGUACCGCGAGCAAGUAGCGCGGGCACCAGCCGGCCACGCACGGUUGACUGCAGCCCGCGUGGACGCGCUGGCAGAGCGUGCGGCGGCAAUGCAGCCAGACACAGACGCGCGCUACGCGAAGCAGCUGACACUGGACCUGUCAUCACUGACACACUACGUCAGCGGCCCCAAUAGUGUGAAGGUCGCGCGGCCGAUAGCUGAGCUAGCGCCACAGCAGCUCCGCAUAGACAAGGCGUACCUCCUGUCAUGCACGAACGGGCGCCUGGAGGACCUAGAGGCGGCAGCGGCAGUUCUCCGUGCAGACGGCAGUGUGCGGCAGGUGGCACCAGGCGUCGAAUUCUACAUUGCAGCUGCCUCUGCCGAAGUGGAAGCACAGGCGCGUGCGCGGGGGACGUGGGACGUGCUGCUGAGCGCGGGAUGCAUCCCGCUGCCGUCUGGAUGCGGCCCGUGCAUCGGACUGGGCAAAGGCCUACUGGAAGCCGGCGAGGUUGGCAUAUCUGCUACUAACCGGAACUUCCGCGGACGUAUGGGCUCCAAGGACGCGGAGGCAUACCUGGCGUCGCCCGCGGUCGUUGCAGCGUCUGCUGUCCUGGGCCGGAUCGCGGCGCCGUGCGAGGUGCUUGGCUUGUCGCCGCCCGCCGCCCCUGCAGUGCGUGCGUCUGUGGCCCAGUGUGGCGCACCCGCCGCAGCGGACGGAGCUGCCGCGGCCGUGGAGGUGCUGCCGGGCUUCCCGCGCGCCAUCACAGGUGAAUUAGUUCUAUGCGAUGCAGACAAUAUCAACACAGACGGGAUCUACCCCGGUAAAUAUACCUACGAGGACGAUAUACCGCGCGAGACCAUGGCGCGCGUUUGCAUGGAAAAUUAUGACCUCGAUUUCCAGCACAAUGUACAUGCCGGCGACAUUGUUGUUGGCGGCUACAACUUCGGGACCGGCUCGUCCCGCGAGCAAGCCGCGACCGCGCUGCUUGCGAAGGGCGUGCCACUUGUCGUCGCAGGGUCCUUCAGUAACACGUUCAGCCGAAAUGCCAUCAAUAACGCACUGCUCACCCUGGAGCUGCCGGCUUUGCUGCAGCUACUACGUGAGCGCUACGCAGACGCGCCCUCACAGGCAACUCGCCGCACAGGCGUUUUCCUGACAUGGGACGUGGCCGCGGCAACCGUCACCGUCACCGUUGGCUCCCCCACCGGCGAACGCGUGCUGCACCAGAGGGUGGGCGAGUUCAGCGCAAAUCUCCAGGAGAUCAUUGUAAAGGGCGGCCUCGAGGGCUGGGUCAAGCACGCUUUGGCGCAAAGCGCCUAA